AUGUGUGUGUUUGGUCCAUGCACCGAUCUUUUCAGUCAAGGUCGGAGUGUUGCUGUCCAGGCGUGGGCUUUUGAACUUAAGGGUGAUACUUAUGCCCUGUUCAAGGAGCGCCAGAGGCGCCAAAGAUUAGCCCAGGAGAUCUUUAAAAUCGGGAUUCGAUCGAUUGUACUUCAAGAGUCGAUGGACAUAAUCGAGGGAGACGAAGGGUUGAUGAAUAACUCUACCUUCCAUCCCGAGUAUGUACGAGCUCCGUCCUUUCGGAAGAAGCGCACUGCUAGUGGGGUUUCGUCCCGUCGUCACGCUUCAGGUGAUAGAUUUACAGACAGCAGCACAGCAACUACAGCUUUAGGAGUGGACGAUGAGGCAGCAGAUGCGGCUCUCAGCGAAACGGCCAAGAAAGGUAUUGCAGCGUUAAAGGUUGCAAUCCAGAAAGUAUAUGACGAAGGAAACGCGAAUGCCCAGCGGAUUCGACGAGAAUAUGACUUGGAUCGCCUGUGUGAGUUAGAAACGGAUGAGGACAUCCGAGAAGACAUCCCGGUGUAUGUUGCAGUCCGGUUUUCCAGUAUCUCCACGUGCUUAGAGGGUAAAACAAGAGCGUUCUUUAUUAUACUUUUUACAUCUGUCGGAGGUAAUGCUGCUCUGGCGUCUCUCAUAUCGAUGGAUUUUGAGGGGCGGGACCGACGACCCAGCGAUGAAUUUAUGCAGACCGCGAGCGUGGACGUGAGUAUAGGAAUCACGAUAGAGAUGGUAGGGACACAGCUGGUUCAGCAUACACUCCGAGAUCUGGGACGAGCAACGAUCGUGGGAGCGACGGCCGUGGGCGAUCCGUACAGCAAGACGACCGUUCACGAUCACGUGGUCAAAGUGCUCCUCGGUCACCUGGGGGAAAGGAGUGUUUGCCACCCUUCAUCAAAUGUCAUCUAUGUGGCGGUCCCCAUUACAUGGCUGACUGUCCACAAAACAUCAAGAACACCCCGGCGGCUGCUACUGCUAGUGUGUCGGACGAUAUGGUGUGGGCUAGGAGUGAUGUGCAUUACCGGGUUAUCUGCCACCAUUUGAAUAUUUGAAGAACGGUGGAUGACGUCACAGUUGAGUGAUAUUGAACCAGAGAGCCCUGUCUCGAGAGCAUGUCUGCUGCC